AUGGCUCCCUUACUGGCUUGGACAGUAUUAUUCACGUCAGUCAUUUCCACAGCCUCUGGGGCUGCCAUAAAACCCCAGCGACAAAGUGUCAACAAACGAUCAAUCUCGAAUAUCUUGGAACGCAAACCAGUAGUCCGUCCGAGAAGAGACGGAGACCCAACAGACUACUCCUGGGUGAAGAGCUUGGUUGCAAUAGGAGACAGUUUCACUGCUGGGAUUGGUUCAGGUAACCAUCUAGGCAGUGUGUUUCACGAUGAAAAUAGUUGGUUGUGUUCGCGUUAUGACCUGUCAUAUCCAAUGCUGGUCUACAACACAAUCGGAUCCUCAGUCAAAGACUUCCAGUUUCCUGCAUGUAGCGGGGACCGAUCGGUGCAGAUUUUUGAGCAAGUCGAAAAGCUCAAGGAUAACAUCGACAUGGUUAUCAUGACUGCUGGUGGAAAUGAUCUUUGCUUGGCCGGAAUGAUCAAGAAAUGCGUUAUGCUUCCCUACGAAGGAGAAGAGACAUGCAAUGCAAUCAUCGACAAAGCCCAAGAGAACAUCGAUACCAUUCUCAAGUCCAAUCUCAAGCAGAUCCUGUUGGCUCUCAACGAUAAGAUGGCCGAAGAUGGGGUCGUCGUGUAUAACGGCUAUUCCCAGUUCUUCAAUACUGAGAAUGAUGAUUGUGCCACCAAACAGUCGUGGGCAUUUAGUAGAUGGCUUCCCAAAUAUUGGUUCAAGACUGCUCUUACGCUCACAACUGCGCGACGAGAAAGGUUCAACAAACUCGUUUUGGCCAUCAACAAUGCGAUCAGAGACGUCAUAUACAUCUUGCGCGACGAAGAGUCUAUCAAAUACCAAAUCGGAUUUUCGAACUGGGAUCCUUGGGUGCGAGACGGAGUCAAAGGUCAGAUGUGCGAUCCGUCCUCAAGCGGAAAAUAUCCCGACUCAGACCAACCAGACCUCCAGUUCUUCAAACCGUCAACGGAUCUGGCUAGUUGGGAACAUGACGAGCUCAGGAAAAGACAAGAAGAUAUCAAGCAAAUGCACGAGAAUGGCACACUUCCCUCGAACAAGGACACAAUUGACCCGAGCAUCUACAACAGUAUUCUUUGGAAGUCAUCUUCUCCCGGUGCAGAAGUUAUCCAUAAGCUCAACAAACGAGCUCCUGCACCACCCGGUUGUCCAGGAGAUAAUGACUGGUUUGACCCGACACUGGGCUUAGGACUACCCGACAGUUUUGGUAAACUCUUCCAUCCUAAUGAACUGGGACACGAAACCAUUGCCUCAUUCGCACUUGCCAAAGGCAUUGAUCUUCGCGCCAAAGUACUCGGUCAAGACUCUGAGACGUGUGCCGUCACAGACGAGUUCAAAUGCUGGCAAAAAGAAGGGCGCAAAGGCUAUGUAACAGGUGACAGGAUGAACGAGAGCAUUGAAAAGUUCUGUGGCACAGAUGUCAACGCGCCUGAUCACGAAGUUGGCUGGAGAAGGGAAUUCACGUAUUACCCAGGCACACUGGACGAACAUACCUUUGUUUUGCAGCUCGGCCAGGACGCUGGCGACUUCAAAAAAGAUGACUGUAUCGAAUCUUUCCAACGAAUCGUUCACAGUUGUGAUGGAAACGAUCCCGAGAACCCGCUAAACUGGAAGUUUGGUGGAAGAUGGCGCCGAGACGAUUACACGUAUGAGAUUAAUGUCAAGCGCGAUAACAGGCCAUGGCCGGUGAAGGCGACAUACGGUUCAUGCAACGGAGACUACAAAUUCCUCUGGAGCUACUACGAAAUCAGAGGUGCUGGAUUCAGCAGUUGGGACUACGGACAAGAAACCAUUCUUGACCAAACAAGAAAAUGCUUGGGCUUGGGUGUCCAUGAAUGGGGGUUCUCAUACUUUGAUGAACCGGAUGAAAACGGUUAUGAAUGGUUUGCAAGCUUCCGCACCCCAGUUUGGGUUAAGGCAAGGUGCUUUGCAAACAACAAAGUUGUCAUGGCCUCUGGAGGAUUUACAAAUGGGUGCAGCGGCAGUGACUCCUGA